UCUGUGGCUGGUAAAAAUAUGUGCUGUAUAUUUGAAGUCUUAUAUCACGUGACAAAGGCAGGGUUUGUGAAUCAAAGUACACAACAAUUUCAAGAAGAGGGAAAAAGAAAGAGGGACAGAGAAAGAGGGUGUACGCUGGUGAGAAGACGACGAGAGAGACGAGAAAAGCAGAGAGGGAGGUGGAAUGCAACAAGCUGAGCUCUGUCGUCGCUGUGAGACGGACUUCUGACUGACAAACACAACCACGGCGCUCCAUUUCAAACUCCCUUCUUCACUGAUUCUCUGAGGCAUUCACAUCCAACAUCUGCAUUUGGACCUGUUCAGGACAUAUUUUCCUGCGUAUCCCUCCUCAGCAUUACUCUGUGGCCUGACAGAAGAGUAGCCAGCAGCUUAGAGGGGCUGAAUGGCACUACACAGUUUCAAACUCACUAUACGUCCCUGACAAAAGAAGUUAAAGAGGAAGCCAAAGGAUAUUUACACAAAAGCUGAUAUGAAUAAGCGGCCACACUUUUUCACAAUGGCAACAAACAGAGAGCAUGAAAUGCGUCACAUGACGGGAUUCUCUCGUGCCAUGUACCCCUUCACCUUUAACUCCAUGAGGGGCCACUCGCCCUUUGACCUGCUGGCCAGCAGUCACCUUUUUGGACGCUUUGGAGCGGACCUUCCCAAAGAAAUGGCUGCGUUGUCGGUGGAGACGCAGAGCACCAGUUCAGAGGAGAUGGUGCCCAGCUCCCCCUCCCCUCCUCCUCCUCCUCGGGUCUACAAGCCCUGCUUUGUAUGCCAGGACAAGUCAUCUGGUUAUCACUACGGAGUGAGCUCCUGUGAGGGCUGCAAGGGAUUUUUCCGUCGGAGUAUUCAAAAGAACAUGGUGUACAAUUGCCAUCGAGACAAGAACUGUCAGAUUAACAAAGUGACGCGUAACCGCUGCCAGUACUGUCGGCUGCAGAAGUGCUUUGAGGUCGGCAUGUCCAAAGAAGCUGUGCGUAACGACAGGAACAAGAAGAAGAAGGACGUGAAGGAGGAGGUGGUGCUGCCUGAGAACUACGAGCUAAGCGGAGAACUGGAGGAGCUUGUUAACAAAGUCAGCAAAGCUCACCAAGAGACCUUCCCAUCUUUGUGCCAGCUGGGAAAAUACACCACAAACUCCAGCGCUGACCACAGAGUGCAGCUGGACUUGGGCCUGUGGGAUAAGUUCAGUGAGCUUUCCACUAAGUGCAUUAUAAAGAUUGUGGAGUUUGCCAAGCGACUACCAGGCUUCACUACGCUCACCAUCGCUGACCAGAUCACCCUCCUCAAAUCUGCAUGUCUGGAUAUCCUGAUGCUGAGGAUAUGCACCCGCUACACUCCAGAGCAGGACACAAUGACGUUCUCAGAUGGCCUGACUCUGAACAGAACCCAGAUGCACAAUGCCGGCUUUGGGCCCCUCACAGAUCUGGUGUUUGCCUUUGCUGGUCAGCUCCUGCCUUUGGAGAUGGAUGACACAGAGACGGGGCUCUUAAGCGCAAUCUGUCUCAUUUGUGGAGACCGUAUGGACUUGGAAGAGCCAGAGAAGGUCGACAAACUUCAGGAGCCGCUGCUGGAGGCUCUAAAGAUCUACACUCGCCGCAGACGGCCAAACAAGCCUCACAUGUUCCCCCGCAUGCUGAUGAAAGUCACAGACCUUCGAGGAAUCAGCACCAAAGGUGCAGAACGAGCCAUCACCCUUAAGACAGAGAUCCCCGGCCCCAUGCCCCCUCUGAUCAGAGAGAUGCUGGAGAACCCAGAUGCCUUCGAGGACAGCAGCGACUCUAGCGACAGCGCCUCAGCCGCUCCCCCAGCCAUCCAGGCCAUCAAGCAAGAGGAGAAGUCCACGUAUGAGUCGGCCUUCGAAGAGGAAGAGGAGGAGGAAGAGGACGAGUACUGGGACGAGGAGAGGGAGUGGGGCGCUGACAGCGAUGGCGAGCCGUGGGGGGAGGCGGCACAGAAGAAAGCCGUGGCAGGAAAAACGCAGUGAGGAUGCUGCUUCCUCUCUAACAGACCGCUGAGCUGCACAGAGCAACACCACCUCACAGAUUUAGGCUCGAUAAUGACAUUUUAAUAAGCUGUACAUACUGACUUCAAGGAAACUGUUUGCAAUUCAAAAUACGAAGCAAAUAAUCAAAGAGAAAAAGCACUACAUUUCAGUGGAUAAAUGAGGGCACCAUUAAAAUAUCAAUGUGUCUUUGCAAAAGAUAUCUCAGAAUUUGACACAAACAGAGCAGCAUGAAGAAGAAAAUGAGCUCCUCUGCUGUCUCUUAAGGGCUAUGCUUUGUAUAAAAUUCCAGCAGCUUAACUCUACAUGGUGUCCACGUGUCGCAAAUGUCUUCUCAGAAUUACUUCUAUUACUUCUCAGAGAUUAUGCAACUUAUUUUCUCAUUGUACUUUCUUUAUCUGAGCAUGUUAACUUUACAGCUGUUUGUCUCUUCUUUUGUUUGAUGUAUUUUUCACUCUCAUUCAACUGAACACGUUUGAAGUUUGAACUUUAACAUUUUUUAAGUUCUGCUUUAUUGGACAAAAGCAUUUAAAAAGUGUGACAGAGAGACAGGGAGUCAUGAGCAGGACUCAAACUCACAAACAAUCACACGGUAAGUUUUGUCUAAUGACAUUAACUGACAGAGGAUGAAAAGAGAGAGAGAUCUUCAGCUGGUGUUCAGCUCGAGUGCCAAAUAUGAAAAAUGCAAACACAAGACAUAUCUUUACUUCUCAUCCAUUAUAUAAAUAUAUAUUAACACUUCUUCCCCCCAACAAAACCUCCCUCACUGUCAGAUUAAUUCUGUCUCACUUUUCUGUGCAACAAUUUCUCCACAAUUAAAAAUCCAUAUCAGAUAAAGACAAAGAACUCAUGGUAUAGCAACUAAAGGUAUUCAAACAGAUAUUAAAACAAAAAAACUCAGGUGGAAGAGAGUGUGUGUGGGUGUGUGUGUGUGGAUGAAUGUGCAAGAAGAAGAGAAACUCAGUGUUUACAUUUGUGCCAAUAUCUGCUAUGAACAUUUUCAAGAAUUGAAGCUUGAACGCAUCUAUGGGAGAAAAAGAAGCAGAAACAUUUUUUAAAAUGCAAAAAAGUUACGGUCAACUUUGUUUAAAGCCACAUUUAUAAGUCAUUAAAAUAAAUGAAUUUAAUAGAUAAAGCACUAAAAAAUGUCUUAAAUCUUUGCAACCAAGAUUCAUAUGAAUCAUUGCAACCUAUUAACAGAUAAUCUGAAUGAUUUUAAUAAUUGAUAAAUCUUGAUUAUGAUCUAUCAUCAGUCUACUCAAAACACAGUGGAUGCAUACAGAGCUGGCCCAAGAUUGUAUGGGUCUCUGAGCAGACAUUGAUUUGGGGAUCGAUCACACCAGUUGAAAUCUGAAGUAUUUUAAAUUUACGGAUUAAUAAAUAAAUAAAUCUAUAUUUUAAAUAUCAUGGAUUUCUGAAUUAUUUUAGAUUUGAUUUCCAGAAACCUUCAGAGGAAAGUUUAAAUUAGGUUCACAUGAAGUUUUAAAUUCUAGACUCGGACUUGUUGUGUAUAUGAAACAUCAUGAAAGCUGCAGAUAUAAACAGUCUAUUAGCAGUUCUGACAAUUUGCAUCUCAUCGCCACACCUAGUGGUGUACAAACUCUAUUUGUCAAUGUGUUCCUUCAGUCCUUUAAUGUAUAACAUGGAUAGAAAAGCAUUGUUAUCAUCUUGCAUUGCUACUAGUAAUACAAAGCAAUAAGCAAAUCCCAUUGAUUUUCCAUAUUGCAACUGGAGCGUGUUAAACCUGGGCAUAACAUCAUUCCCAGAUCCAAAGUUUGACCUCCGAAGCUAAUCGAAAACAUCAUGUGUUUGCUUAUGCCUUGAGUCAGCUCUGGAUACAAGUUAGAAGAAGUCCCUGAAGUCUCUAAUCUAUAAACCUAAUUAAUUAAUUGGAACUCUUGUUAAUGAAUCACUUCAAAAAUGAUCAUCUAGCAAUGGCUUUGCAUUAAGUUGCCUGUUGAAGCACAAGGAGGUACUUUAGUGAAUUACGGUCCUUUUCUUCAGAUUAUGUCAUUGCUAAAUUGGAAUAAAUUUACUUGACAAAAUAAGACAUUUGUGUUGAGUACCAACAGCAUUGAAAAAGUCCCAGGUAUUAAAAUAAGAAAAUAGUUAUAAUCAUAUUAAAAGCCAUUAAAGAGGUGUAAUUACAGCUAAACUGUCAUAAUUACAUGUUCAUUGAGCUGUAUUUGCUCUUGUCGUAAGUAAACAUCUGGGCUGCACAGGGGAGCAGUUAGUAACAAUGUUGCCUUGCAGCAAGAAGGUCCUGGGUUCGACUCCCAGCCGGGGGUCUUUCUGCAUGGAGUUUGCAUGUUCUCCCCGUGCACACAUAGGUUCUCUCCAGGUACUCCGGCUUCCUCCCAUAGUCCAAAAACAUGACUGUUAGGUUGAUUUAUCUUUCUAAAUUGCUCUUAGGUAUGGGAGUGUUUGCAUGGUAAUUUGUCCUCUAUGUCUCAGUGUUGUCCUGUGAUGGACUGGCGACCUGUCCAAGGUGUACCCCGCCUCUCGCCCGUAGCCCGCUGGAGAUAGGCACCAGCCCCCCGUGACCCUGCAAUGACAAGCAGGUAUAGAUGAUGGAUGGAUGGAUCUAAACAUUGUAAUAGUUCUCUCACACACACUUACAUACAGUAUUUGCAAAGCACCAGCCAAACUUACUCAUUAUCUUUCUAGAUCAAAUCAAGUUAAAAUUUUUAAAGACAUUUCUUUGUUUCUGCUGUUUCUAGAGCCUGUUAGUUAUGUUGAAUUUGGUGCAAUAAAUUAAACAAGGAGGUCAUCGCCACGGCCUCAAGCCAUUGACCUUAGAAACAUGUAACUAUAUAAAAAUAAAACACCAAAGACAAAUAAGUCGCUUUGUGUUCGAAAGGAUUUUACUCGUUUUGUUUUUUCAAAAAUAAUGAGGCUGGAUAAAUCUCAUCUCUCUACCUUUUUGUUGUUAUUUCUGAUGUAUUUUUUAUAAUAUUUUUAUUCCAGGCAUGUUGUCUACAUGUUCAGGGAGCAACAUUCUUCUUGUGUUUUCUCAGAAACCAAAACCGCUUUGAUGACUAUUGCACACAGCUACAAACAAAUACAUAAACUGUGUUGAAAGGCUCUUGUUACAUUUCUAUGUGAAGCUGAAACCAUGUUUGCUUUUUUUAUGCUUACUAUUAAAUUUUUUGUGAUGUUCCAUGUAUUUUGAUAAAGUCAAUUUUUGUUCUCAGACA